AAUUGUACUGGGUGGCCACACGAACAUCCAUUUGCCACUAGCCUUUUGGGCUUCAGCUUCCCGAGUCUUCUGCUCAUAUUUCGGGGAAUCAGGGAACGCCCGCGCUUUUCUCUCUCCCUGACACAUGGUUUAUAACUACGGUUCGAUCUUUGAAUAGUGCUAGUGAUGUCCUCCGCAAUACUCACCUUAUCUUGUAAAAAAAGACAUUCUUGAAAUCUUCAAAGAUUCGGAAGGUUGAGGUGUUUGGACACCAAAGAUGGACUUGGAACCCGAAGGAGCUGAGGAUUCAAAGAUGAAGGGUGUUGGAAAUCAGAGCAGUAAAGAUAUGAUAUUUAGAGCUGAUAUGAUUGAUCUGAAAAGUUUGGAUGUUCAGUUAGAAAAGCAUUUAAGCAAAGUUUGGUCAAGGAAAUCAGAGUCGGACAGGCCUAAAGAAGAAUGGGAGAUUGAUUUGGCCAAAUUGGAUAUCCGAUAUGCUUUUGCUCAUGGGGCCUAUGGUACUGUCUAUAGGGGCACCUAUGAUAACCAAGAAGUUGCAGUGAAAGUAUUGAACUGGGGUGAGGAUGGUAUCGCUACAGCAGCUGAAACCGCUGCUUUACGUGCAUCCUUUCAGCAGGAGGUUGCUGUCUGGCACAAACUUGACCAUCCAAAUGUCACAAAAUUUAUCGGAGCAUCGAUGGGAACUUCAAAUCUUAAGGUCCCGGCGGAUAGCUCUUCAACUAAUGGGGAAAAUCCUCUUCCAUCCAGGGCAUGUUGUGUUGUUGUUGAGUAUCUUCCUGGUGGGACAUUAAAACAAUUCUUAAUUAGAAAUAGGCGGAAGAAACUUGCUUUUAAGGUCGUGAUCCAGCUGGCUUUGGACCUUUCUAGAGGACUUAGCUAUCUACACUCGAAGAGGAUUGUACAUCGUGAUGUCAAAACAGAAAACAUGUUGCUGGAUGGACUUGCACAUCUGAAAAUAGCUGAUUUUGGAGUUGCUCGUGUUGAAGCUCUAAAUCCGAGUGACAUGACAGGCGAAACUGGAACCCUUGGUUACAUGGCACCAGAGGUUCUGGAGGGCAAGCCUUACAACCAUAGAUGUGAUGUCUACAGCUUCGGCAUCUGCUUGUGGGAAAUUUAUUGCUGUGACAUGCCCUAUCCAGAUCUUAGCUUUGCUGAUGUGUCAUCCGCAGUUGUUCGUCAGAAUCUAAGGCCAGAGAUUCCAAGAUGCUGUCCAAGCUCAUUUGCAAAUAUAAUGAGGAAGUGCUGGGAUGGGAAUCCAAACAAGCGUCCAGAGAUGGCAGAUGUGGUGAGGAUGCUUGAAGCAGUUGAUACCAGCAAAGGAGGAGGAAUGAUACCCGAAGAUCAUAAUCCAAACUGCUUCUGUUUUGCACCUACGCGUGGUCCCUGAUUUUCUUUCUUUCUUUCUUUCUUUUGUUAAAUUUAAUCCUGAUUAGGAUUGUUGCCUAAAUCUUUCAUGCAUCGUAUCUUUUGUUUUGUUUUGUUUUUUUAAAGACUAGUUAUGGCCUGCUUAUUAUUGGUCUUCUUGUAUAGCAAUUUUCUGUUGGCCGAGCUAGGGAACUGAUUGCUUCCUUGGAUAAUACAUUUAAUACUGAAAAUAUCUUUUUUGCUCAAA